UUUUUUUUUAGUGGAGUUUGUGAUGUUGUUGGUUGUGGACGUCAUUUUAGUUUAAAAACAGAAAUUUUGUUUAAAUUAAAUAAAUUAAAGUGUAACUAGAGUAUUUUGAAGGUUUUGUUUAGGUUGUUAUUUUAACUACGAUAUACGGUAAACAUUAAAACCAUGGAAGUAGUUGACGAUGAAGGUAUGGAUAUUCCACCGAAAUAUGGUCUUAAGUUUCGCCUGAACCAUGAAUUUCCUCUUCAAAGCAAGCAAAUAAUAAAACCAACAGCAAAGCAACUUAUAGAGAUGUUACCGCUUACAACCAGAUACCUUUUUUACUAUAUGGAUAGAAAAAUGCACAAGAAAAAACCUAUUAUGGAUUACAUACAUCUCGUCUCUGCUCAGAGAAAGUAUGGUUGUCCUAUCGGAGGUAUAGGGGGCGGCACAAUAGGCAGAGGUUUCAAAGGAGAGUUCUGCAGAUUCCAACUAAUUCCCGGCAUCUAUGAGUACAUCACCGUCCCUGAGUGCCAAUUCAUUGUGAACAUUAAAAACGGAGACAAUGAGACCAUAUUCCAGUCUGUACUCGCCACUUAUGACAAACCAAAGAAAUCUCCAGCCAGUUGGGAAUGGAACCUCAACGGUGAAGACUGUGAAUACACAGCCCUAUACCCUCGAGCAUGGACCACAUAUGACCUGUCCAAGUAUGGCAUCAAACUAACAUGCAGGCAAAUAUCACCAGUGAUUCCUCAUAACUACAAGGACAGUAGCCUGCCCUGUGCGGUGUUCGUGUGGACGGCCAAGAACACGAGCCAGGAGCAGCGGCAUGUCAGCGUCACGUUCACGUGGACCGAGAUACUGCCCAAUAAGAAGAAGCCGCAAAAAAUCGACAUAGAGCGGUAUUCCGAAGAAAACACGUGCGGAGUUCAAUUAGAACAGAAAAUAGCAGAUACCCCGUGCACUUUCACAAUAGCGAAAACAAAAGACGAAAACGAGACAAUACAUGAAGGCUAUUGCACAUUCAACGCGGCGAAAAACUCCAAAUAUGUGUGGGAUUGUCUAAAGACCAAAGGGAAGUUAGAACCAGACACGACGGAUGAGAAACACAAAAACCAAAGCGAUGAAACUAAGGAGGAGAAAAAUCAUGCUAAGAAAAGUUAUAUUCCUGAUUCGAUAGGUCUAUCGAGCUGCAUGUCUCUAGACCCCGGGGGAACUGACACGGCAGAGUUCAGCUUAGUCUGGGACAUGCCAGUCGUUAAAUAUAAGAAAGAUGGUUUAGUUAAUAAAAGAUUUUAUACUAGAUAUUUUGGUAGUGACGGCAUAGCUGGAGCUAGCAUAGCAGCGUAUGCUUUAAAAAAGUACAAAAAAUGGGAGAAACAGCUUUCUGAAUGGCAGGAUCCCAUUUUAAAUAAUAGCAAUAUACCGGACUGGUUAAAAAGUGCCUUAAUGAACGAGCUUUACUUCGUGGCCGAUGGCGGGACCAUUUGGUUCGAUGUUUCUGAUGAGUUCCCUGAAAACGAUCCGAGGCACCACUUCGGAUUGUUCGGGUACCUAGAAGGACACGAAUAUAGAAUGUACAACACGUACGAUGUCCAUUUUUAUGCGUCAUUUGCAUUAGCGCAACUCUGGCCUAAUCUACAGGUUGUAAUACAAUACAUGUUCCGAGACACUAUAGCGAUGGAAUCUGAGAAGACUAGACCUUCCAUCUAUAACGGAAAGACGUCCAAAUACAAAGUGAAGAAUUCAAUACCUCACGAUUUGGGCGACCCUGAGGGAGAACCGUUCAAGAACAUAAACGCCUACAACAUCCACGACGUGAGCGAGUGGCGCGACCUCAACAUCAAGUUCAUACUGCAGGUGACUCGCGACUACAGGCUGCUGAAGGGGCAUAGCGCGCCUUUUGAUAGGGACAGGUACCGCUCGUUGGAAUUCAUCGACGACGACCGCGAUUGCAACGAGGACCUUUACGUUAGAGCGACCGGCCAAGGAGACCACAAGCCUAGGAGCGCUUCCGUCACGCAACAAGACCCCAGCACGCCCCCCACGCAACACGCCUCCAAGCCCUCCCCAGUAGGAAAUAUCCUAGAAAUGUUGUACAGGAAUGAGGAGAAAACAAUAGAAGCCGACUCGGAAGAAAGCGAUGAUGAGUGUGAUGCGGCGACUUGGGAUGCGAAGAGAUAUGUCUCGGAUAUGUACGAGCCUGUCGUGGCUUUGUUGCGACAGACGUUGACCUGGGAUCAAGAUAAGGAUGGCCUGAUUGAGAAUAGCGGGUGGCCGGACCAGACGUAUGAUGCGUGGGUCAUGUCGGGACCGAGCGCAUACUGCGGCGGUCUCUGGGUGGCGGCCAUCAGCAGCGUGUGCGCGCUAGCUCGGGUCCUCGGCCGGGAAGCUGACGAGGCGGAGUUCAGUGCGCUACUGGACCGGGCCCGGGCCUCGUUUGAAGAGAAGCUGUGGACCGGGACUCACUACCGGUUCGAUACCAAGACGAGUGAGCGGGUUGUCAUGUCGGAUCAGCUGGCUGGGCAGUGGUUCCUCCGCGCAUCAGGGCUCUCCGAAGCGUUCCCCGCAGCCAACGUGCGCAAAUCCUUACGUACAAUAUACGACAACAACGUGUUGAAAUUCGGCCACGGUCGCAUGGGGGCCGUCAACGGGUUCGUGUUGGGCGACAAGAGUCGUGCGGGCAGAGUCGACUACACGGCUCUGCAGAGUGGGGAGAUGUGGACCGGGGUUACUUAUGGACUAGCUGCUUUGAUGAUUUAUGAAGGAAUGCACGAAGAGGCGUUCGCCACGGCGGGAGGUAUGUACAACACGUUGACCCAGAUGGGACUCGCAUUCGAGACUCCAGAGGCACUGUACGAGAACGGCAACCAUCGGUCGAUAAGCUACAUGCGCCCUCUAGCGGUGUGGGCCAUGUACCAGGCCGUAAUCACGAGACCCCCAGCGCCAUCUAGUGGCGUGGUGGCGAACGGACAAACAGCCAAACCUGUUUUAUAGUAGAUCGUUGUUGUAUUUAGUUUACGUUGUUUUUCGGAGCUCGGGCACAAUUUGUUGUUGUGGCUAGAUUGUUGAAAUUCGUACUUACGAGUCAAAUAUCGUAGCUAAGUUAUUUGAUGAAAUUAAAAGCGUCUCAUUUUUGAGUUGUAAAACAAAUGCAAUAUUUGUGAUCUCUAGGCGAUGCGUAUACGAUUAUUUACUUGAUGUUGUUUUCGUAUGACGAUUAUUCGAAAUGUUGUUUUGUUAAAGGUUCCUAUUCACAUCAACAAAUGCAAAAGUAAUUCAAAUGAAGUAACUUUUUCGACUUAUAAAUGAAGGGUAGGAUAGGUCCGCGCUUUUGAUAGUUUUGUCUAACAAUAGAUGGCAUUUAAUGCAUUUCGUUUCUAUGUACUUAAUAAAAAUAUAUUGUGUCGGUCACAAUCAAACCUGUUACAUGUAAGUUGAUAAAUUUUAGUGAAAACUAAUAACUAACUAUUAGAAUUAAAUAAUAAUGAAGGAGUCUACUAGAUGACCGCAGGUGAUAUGAAACACAUUUUACAUCUAUUUGUAAAAGUGCAAAUUUUAUACGUAAUUUAAUCGUACAUUUAGAUUUUUUUACUAAUCAAAUUAAUGAAGUGUUAUAAUACCAAUGAUCGCAACGAAAGUAUUGAUUUAAUUUAUUAUUUAAUUAUAAAUACAUAAACUAAAUAUAUUCAAGUUUAAUUUUACAUAUUUUUUUGUUAUACUUAGUUUAAAAUGCAUGCAAAAAUAUAGAUUACAGGUCUAAAGCCAAAAUAUUUUUAUUAUGUGGGACUAUUAAUAAAGUAUACUACAUAAAUUAUG